GGCCAUCAGAAUAUGAUAGGUCGAAGCGGAUUCAAUGAGGGGUCGGACCGCCAAUGUGCAUUUCAUUUGAGACUGACCUCAGCCCUUCGCCUUCAAGAAACAAGACUUCCCCUCGCAAUGCUGCGGAGUGAAUGUGUCUAUGAUCUGUUGAAGCCCAGACUUUCGACCCUCCCUGCCUGCUACGUGAUCCACCUACCAUAACUUGACGCGAAGACACGAUCGCCAGCGGCCAUUGCACCGACGAAAGAUGUACGAUUCCAACACAGAAGCGUCAGGUGAUGACAACGAGGAGACCGCCACAGACAGCAAGACCGGCUCGCUUAAGCGUGGCCGUGGCCCAGCGCAUGACUUCGAUGCCGAUAAAUUUCAACCCCGAAAACAGAGGAACAGUGGUGAUGACCAGCUCCAGAGAAAUACUCCUGUAGCACCAGAGGACUAUACUAUCGGCUGGGUGUGCGCGGUCCCGGUGGAAAUGGCUGCUGCAAGGCUGAUGCUUGACCAAGUGCACCCUGAUUUCUCUCACCAGAAUCCGGCCGACCAUAACAGCUAUAUCUUGGGCCGGGUUCAGAGACAUAACGUCGUCAUUGCUUGCCUGCCUGCGGGCAUCUACGGAUUGACUCCUGCUGCUACAGUUGUCAAGGACAUGUUGCGGACUUUCAAUUCAAUCCGGUUCGGGCUGAUUGUGGGGAUUGGAGGCGGCGCACCGUCACGAGCUCAUGACAUUCGACUGGGCGAUAUCGUGGUUAGCCAACCUACCGGAACAAUUGGAGGUAUCGUUCAAUACGACCGAGGAAAGCUUACAAAUGAGGGGGGUUUCCAACGCACUGGUGCCCUCAACGCACCACCACAGUUCCUCCUAGCAGCCCUGAAUCGUCUAAAGAUCGAUCAUCUUAGCCAAGACAGCCGGAUCCCUGAUUUUUUAUCCGAGCUUGUGAACAAAGCUCCCAGAAAGGUGGAAAAGAGAUUCUCUUAUCAGGGAAGUGCCAACGAUUGUCUCUAUGAAGCAGAGUACGAACAUGUUGACCAGGAGUCCGGGUGUGGCAAGUGUGAUCCUUUGCAUACGAUCCAACGAGAUCCCCGAGACGAUACAGACCCGAUCAUUCAUUACGGAAAUAUUGCGUCGGGCUUCCAGGCCAUCAAGCAUGGGAAGACUCGUGAUAUAAUGGCGAAAAAUCUAGAUGUGCUUUGUUUUGAAAUGGGAGCGGCGGGUCUGCAAGACUUUCCGUGUCUUGUCAUCCGCGGUAUUUGUGACUAUGCUGAUUCGCAUAAAAACAAGAUGUGGCAGGAGUACGCGAGUGCUACAGCAGCGGCAUUUGCGAAAGAAUUCCUUUCGAUUAUACCGCCAGAUCGGGUCCUGCAGGAGAAGCCUGUCCCGCCGUUAAUAUCUGAUAUUCACCUUCAAGAGCUUCUUCACAGCACACAGGCGGCCAUCUUGGCACAGAUACAGAAACGGGAGGGCGAACACGAAAGCCAAAAACAGGUUGAUUGCCAUCGAGCAUUCAAAACAAGCACAUACGAAAAGUUCAAGAAUAUCAACACUGACCGAGUCACGGGCACCUGGGAGUGGGUGUUAGAGCAUCCACGAUACACAAAGUGGAAACAGAGCCGUCAGGAUGACCUCCUUUGGAUCUUGGGAGGCCCGGGCUGUGGAAAAUCUGUGCUAUCCAACGCCCUUAUUGACGAGGAGUUGCAAAAUUGGAAUCAGCAUACGGUGUGCUACUUCUUCUUCAAGGACAACGACAACCAAAACAACCUGGCGACAGCCUUGUGUGCCCUUCUUCAUCAGCUUUUCAACUCUCAACCCAUCCUCCUCCGCCAUGCUAUGUAUGCCUUUGAGAAAAAUGGAAAGGAAUUGCAGACAAAUGUUGAUGAGCUGUGGCGCAUCUUCGCAGCGGCUGGUACGGACGAUGAAGCAGUCAGUGUCACUUGUGUUCUAGACGCUCUAGACGAGUGCUGCACUGAUGACCGCCGAAAGCUCAUACAAUUUCUAACAACCUUCCAUAACCAACGAAUCACGUCUACAAGGUAUCAACUUAAGUUUAUUGUCGCUAGUCGACCACAUCAAGACAUUGAGACUGAGUUUCGCGGCAUGCUCGGGCCUCGGGCAAUCCGGCUCACUGGCGAAGAGAGCAAUGCUGAUAUCAGUGAGGAAAUCAAAUUCGUUAUUCGACACAAGGUAGCAUCAGCCGGGCGCAGACUUGGGAUGAGUCAACAAGUGCAAGACAAGUUGCAGAAAAAGCUCUUCUCAGUUUCGCAUCGAACAUAUCGCUGGCUGCACUUUGUGAUGGAAGAAAUCCUGGACGGCCAGGCGCGGCCCAAAAUGCCAUUCUUGAAGACGACCAACACUCUCCCAGAAAAAAUGGGUGCAUACGAUAGCAUAUUUAGCCGCUUUGACUCCAAACAACAAAGAGACGCGCAGGCUUUCGUCAGGGAACUUGAAUCGGAGUCAUUUUGGCCAGAACUUCUACGCGAGAAUCGGCUCCAACUUGCACCGUCAGACGCCCAAACAAUUAUCACCGAGAGCUAUAGGCCUUCCAAUAAGGCUAGCGAGACAUUCAGCGGAGGUCUUGUCUCUACGAAACCAUCGUCACUUGAGGAAGACACCAAUAACGUUGACGAGGAUAACGCAGCAAAACAGACGGCCAAGACUUUCUAUAAUCACGCACAAGUCGAAAGUUACAGCGAUGGUGUUGACGAGGAAAUCAGAUCCCUGAUAUCGGGACCUGAAGAUAUCCAUUCACAAGACGGAUCAAACUCUGCUCGCUGGGAGGUCAGAACAGCCGCAGCUAGCUAUUUGGCUGAAUUGCUGACUGAUGAUGCAACCCUUCGCCCCCUAUAUGAGGAAGCGUCUAAACGUCUGGAUAAUGACCGCUUUUGUCGGAAUCAUGGACGCUUGCUCAAAAGAUAUUACCUGUCACUGCUCUCACAAGCUACAAACCGGAAACAAAUCGUUGCGGUUAAUUUCCUCAGGCCAAGAUCCAACAGAACACUCAUCUCGAGAAAAGUUCUCGAAAGCACAGGGAGAGAAAGAGUUCAGGUAGCAUUGUCUCAACAUGAAGAGCGAAACUUGACUCUGCAACGCUUUCUUCAGAGCGAAGAAGUACGCCAAGAUGCAACCAAUGCAGGAGUGGAACCGCCGCUGGAUAUUGAUGAGCGGAGUGAACAGGAAAGCUCAGUGGAUGAAGACGAACAAGAAGCCGACCAAGAUGGCCCCUACCUCGUUGAUCUUGAGAAUGCCAGACACCAUUUCGCCUCAGGAGCAUCGCUAAUGCAAUUCAAAGCUGAGUUUUCAGACUUCUUACACCCCCCCAGCAGGGUCGUGCAGGAGACGCAGUCACCAAUGCAGAGUCAAACGGAGGCGGAGAUAGAGCAGAGGCCCAACAGCAGGUCGCGUGGAUGGUAUGGCAGCGUUGCUUAUGGGAAAAUCAAACUAUCUUCAUGGCUUUACGAUAUGUAUUGUCCACCAAAAUUAGGAUAUCAAAGACUUCGGUACAUCUGUGAAUGCAACGAUCCCAUGUUUUUGGACAUCAAAGAGCUCAAACCAGGCGGGAUCCAGCUAUUUCGGCAGCGCUUUAUGAAAGAUGGACUUGCCAGGCUCAUGGCCCCUUAUGACCCAACUGCUAGAGGUCCGGACUCAACAGCAGUUCAAGGUCCUCGGAGCAGUCUUUCUCCACCCCCUCCUGCGCAUCUUCGGCCAGAGCGAAGUCAGUCAAGCUCAUCGCGGCAGAGUUCUGAACGGGGUACUUUUUCGUCAAGACCAGGAUCGCCAACGCCGGCGUCAGACACGUCACGGUCCGACGAGGUGGCGUUCCAUCAAGAAGAACAGAAUACUCCCCAGUACUUGCUGCUGUGCGUCAACCAAAAAAGCCUUCCGAUAUUGGACCAUGUUGACUGCAGUUCUUUUGGGAAUGAUCAAUAUCUUUUCCAGCACAUCUUGCAAAGAUAUCAGACACUACGUGAGGGAUCAACCUGGAGAAUCUCGCUUCUUUUCCCGCCAUUAGCAUGCGCAAUACUAAACAAAGGCCUAGCCUCUCUCAGGCAAAAUACUCCAAGCUGGUUGGAUCGGAUGUUCCAGUUCUUUCAAAAACUGUCCGAGGCUAGUCUGUUCAACAUGCACACUGGCGAUUACGUUCAGUUUCGACUCGUCCCGAUGGGGGAGUCUACCAACCCGCAACAUUUCAAAUGUGGGGAGUAUCCUCCUGUCUCCGAAGUAUUAGAAGCAAAAAGCUAUUCGUACAAUCCAGUACCGACUGAUGUUGCGGUUGAUUCCAUUCCCUUAUGGCAUCUAACGCUCCCUGGGCGCCGACACAGCGACAACUACUGGAUCACAACAUUUCCCAAAAAGCUUCGGGGUCCGUUACAUCGCCUACCAGGAACCCAUGAAAGAGUAAUUGGAUGGGGCAUACGGGUCAACGAACGCUUCAAUUGGCACCUGUUUUUCUCUCUUCUUCUUGUAAUCACGGUGAUCAUCUGGGCAAUUGUAGCCAUUUAUCUUGCAUGCAAGGCUGAUGACUCUUCUGGUUUUGGUUUAGGGGCUUUUCUCGCAGCACUUGUUGCGAUCUAUAUGCCUUUUCAGUAUUUUGCUUGGAAGGAAAAGCUGGAAUAA